AAGCUGAAUGCCGCCGCCCAACAUUGUUCUUGCCUCUCUAACUCGGCCCACCAGCGAGACUUGGGCUGAUCGGCGGAGGGAGAUAUGUUUGAACGUCUGAAGAACGACCCAACAAUCUCUAAAAGCACAUGCUUAAUGCAUAUACCAUUUUAGGGCAUAAAUAACUUGGUAUGUCAACGUUAUCGUCAUUGAGGAAGAAAUGAUCUGGUCGCAAAGAAAGUGCAAGAUGAAGGCAUUGCAGAUCCGAACUUACCGUGUAGAAUUUGGGCUUCACUUGAAGCCCAUUGGGCCAGGCCCAUAAUGGGAUCAAACUGGCGAACCUGCAUGUUUCUCAAAGCUUCUUUCUCUCGCUGAGGUCGUAUCGGAUUUCAUUUGCUCGCGAGAGCUUUGCCAACUCGGCUCCUCGAGCAUGGCGGACCGUUAUUUCCCAAACGCAAUGCCGGACUUCGUACCGGAAGCUUCCGUGGAAGAUGCUGUCGUCGCCGAAAGAGCUAAGGACUCGCUCUCGAAUCUCCUCCAUCUUCCCCACGCCGCUCUCUCCGAAAAGCUGAAGAAAUCAGCUCUCGACCUCAAGGACACUGUGGUGAGGGAGACAAGGGCAUUGAGUGGCAAAAGAUUGCAGGAUUAUACUCUGUAUACCGGUGCUCUAGGGACGGCUUACCUGGUCUUUAAAGCUUUCCAGGUCACCAAGAACGAGAGUGAUCUCAAGCUGUGCUCUGAGAUAAUCAGGGCCUGUGAUGCUGCCUCUCAUGAUUCUGGGCGAGUGACAUUUAUAUGUGGGCAUGCUGGUGUUUGUGCUCUCGGUGCAGUUGUGGCUAAGCAUUCUGGUGAUGAAAGGUUGCUUGAUCACUACUUGACAAGGUUCAAGGAGAUCCAAUUGCCACGAGAGUUGCCAAAUGAGUUGUUAUAUGGGAGAGCAGGGUUCCUCUGGGCUGGCUCUUUCCUGAAUAAGCACAUUGGUAAAGAGACAAUAUCAGCAGCUCGCAUGAGAGCAGUGGUAGAUGAUGUGAUUAAGCAUGGAAGACGAUUGGCAAAAGGAGGAAAAUGUCCGCUGAUGUAUGAGUGGCAUGGGAAGAAGUAUUGGGGUGCUGCGCAUGGAUUGGCAGGCAUUAUGUAUGUGUUGAUGGGCGUGCCACUAAAACCAGAUGAAGUGGAGGAUGUCAAGGGUACACUCUGCUAUAUGAUCAAAAAUCAAUUCCCAAGUGGCAAUUAUCCUUCAAGCGAAGGCAGCGAGACCGAUCGUCUAGUCCAUUGGUGCCAUGGUGCUCCAGGGGUUGCACUAACCCUUGUAAAGGCAGCUGAGGUUUUUGGCAGUCAGGAGUUCCUGCAAGCGGCUGUAGAUGCGGCAGAUGUGGUUUGGAAUCGGGGUCUUCUAAAGCGUGUUGGCAUCUGUCAUGGCAUCAGUGGGAAUGCCUACGUGUUUCUUUCGUUGUGCCGACUCACGGGCAAUGCAAAGUACUUGUACAGGGCUAAAGCUUUUGCUUGCUUCCUACAAGAUAGGGCGCUUAGGCUAAUAUCAGAAGGAAAGAUGCACGGAGGCGAUCGCCCCUACUCUUUGUUCGAAGGCAUAGGAGGGAUGGCCUGCCUCUUCAUGGACAUGACUGAACCAUCUGAGGCCAGGUUUCCUGCUUAUGAACUUUAGGUCGAUAAAUGGACAAUCUGAAAGUGUCAUCACUAGGACAGGUCGUGUAUUAUGUAAUAAACCCCGAGAUGUCAUGUAAAUAUGGUCCGGGUAACUUGCGGACGUAAAGGUUAUCGAACUAUGUAUCUCGUCCGAUAAUGUAAUCUCACCGCAACGAGAAUGUUGGCAAAA